AUGCUGGAACUCGCGGCUGGUGUCAAGUUGACUUACUUGGCGGAGGGUGCCGCCAACAUAGUCUAUAGUAUCUCCGCUGCACCUCAUCCCCAAGCCACUCCCGCCAGGGAUACGGACGUUUCAGGCCCAAGUCAAGCUCAGCUUGCGUAUCCAGGCAAGCUGCUCCGUUUGAGGAAGGAGAUCGCCUCGGGAACACCCUACGAGGAGAUUACCCGCAGCUUCAACUCGCAGAUCCGCUCAAUAUUCAGGGACGACGAGCUUGUCUCGCAAGAACUCAUCAAGCUACCGGAUGGACUCACCACGGCCUGCAACGAGCGCCUAAGGGACGAUGAAGCGCAUAACCGCCGGCCCAGAAAGCGCCGGGGCGACUAUCUCUGCACCGAUGAGCCCUUUGGCCUGCUCAUCAAGGACAUGACUGGUUCUCCGGGCUCCGGUGCAACGCUCUGGGAGCUCAAACCAAAAUGGCUCAUACAGUCUCCCUCGGCACCACCAGACGCUCGCCGGUGCCGCACCUGUGCUCUACGGGAGAAGAGACAGUUCGUGGCCAGUCGGGGAGCAGCCACGGACAAGAAACCAGAACAGAUUCAUCCCAAGAAGUCAUUCUGUCCGUUUGACUUGGUCUCUAACAAGCUCGAGGACGUCCUGUCUGCGGUAUCGGCCAUCAACAACAAUCCUGACGACGUUCGGCGAGUAGCUGCCUUCAUACAUCGAAACCCGACUCUGCUCAAGCUUCGUGACAGGCAGUCCCAGAUGAACGCCGUCGGACUAGCGGGUAUCCAUGCAUCGGCCGAGGAGAGAGCUGUCUCCAUGACGCUAAGAGACUGCACGAUGUUCGUCAAGGUUCCACGGAAGCACAACGAACCUUUUGAGCUUCGUCUGGGCGACCUUGACUUCAAGAGCGAGGAUGGAGGCAAACUUCAAUACUGGCAAGACACCGAGACCGAGCUGAUCGAAGAAGGAUGGUACUUGGGUGCUCACAGGAGUCAGGGCAAAAACACCGAGUGCGCCCUUGGACGCUAA